UUCCUGGAAACUACGCCUCGUCCUCGUCUCUCGGUACACAGGAAAAAAGCGCCAUGGAAGUGUACGAAUUCAAUAAAACCUUGCUCACUCGUCUUAUGGAGACAAGAAACGUGCUGAACGGCAGCGGUGGCAAUGUCCGUGCGUCGGAGAUACGUUCUGAGUGGAUUUCCUAUAUCGAGGUGGUCGUUGAACCGACGGGUUGGCAAGCGCUGUGGAAGGCUUCCCGGGCGGUGUGCGAGAAGCUGUCGGUCAAGUAUCCGCUGCUGGUGCUCGGAACCGUUGAUCAGGUGCUGUUUGAUGAGCUACAGGCCAGCUUCAUUGUCGAGGCGAUACAGGAUGACGACGUGCAGCUGCUGGAGAAGGAGUUGGUGGUGGAUUUGGAAGAACUGUGGCCACUGCGGGAGCAAAACAAUCCGGCCCUCAACGUGACCAUCACGGCGGACUGUAUCGACAAGCUGCGCUUCUUCUACCAGAAUCUGUGGAUGCCGUGGGACGGUGAGGAGCAGGAUGAUCACGGCUGGGUCGAAAAUCAUCUGGAAUCACGCAUCCGCCUCUGCCACGAUCUGAAGAAAAAAACCAUGUCCUGGCAGUUAUCGUCACACGUUAUGUCCCUGCUGGCCGAGGCACGUUACAUCCAGAGAAAGUUGAAGCUAUGGGAAGACGAGGAGGCCGAACGCGAAGAACUCGAAGCGGAGAACGAAGAGAAGGAGCUCAACGAUGCGUCGAUCCUGGAGAACGAACGAUCGUGUGAUCUGUUGAAGCUAAACAUGCGCCUUGCGGCCAUCAAGAAUGAGAUGGAAAUCCUGGAGAACCCGGCCAUGCGACCGGUGUUCGAGAAGGUGCGCUUUGGGAACGACAAAAAUAUCACGGAACAAUCGCGGCUGGCCUUCAUCGUGACGCAGAUCGAUACGGUGGAAAACCAGCUGGUGUAUCUGGAGCGAACGAAGCGUCUGAUCGAUGGUGAGACGCAGGUAAAAUUGUGCGAAUCCCUUCAACAUGCCCUCGAUCACUGCAGUCCGGAUAGUGCCAUCUACUUGCCUGCAGGUACGCGACAAAACAUCAAAUUCCUCGCCUACCUCAACAGCGGAGGCUCGUUCCGGGGUGUCGGUGAUGCGAAUUUCCUCGAGGAUCAUGAGCAGGCGGUGAAAAGCAAUCCCACCAUCGCUUCGAAGGAUGAUGAUAGUGUGCUGCUGACCAUUGACGGAGAUUUUACACUGGAAAACAUUCAUUUCGACUGCUCAAAUGUCCGCACCGGGGUGAUGGUGAAGGAGGGUAACGUGCUAUUCCGCAAUUGUUGCUUCACCGGAGAUCCUACCUCGAGCACCAAGCAAGGCGUGGUCGUCUUCGGAAACUGCAAGCUAACGUUUGAAAACUGUCUCAUCAAAGAGUUCUCGACCGGUAUCUACAGCAACAGCGAUUGCACGAUCCGCCUCGUCAACACGACCAUCCAGAAGUGCGUAAACGGCAUGGAGGUGCUGGAUCAGUGCAUGGUGCACUUCGAAACGGUCACGAUCCGGGAGUGCCAGCAGUACGGUGUGCUGUUGGAGGAUUUCAACGAAGACCUCGAAACCACCAAUGGACCAACGGCCAGGGGGGUAGCGGCGGCGUCGAAUUCGUCGCAGGUCUAUGAAGACUUCAACAUGAUCGAUCGGGAAGAGUUCAGCUUCGCGGGUCGCAACGAGUUUCAUAGCAACGCCAAGGGUAACUUUGUGAUUAGGAAGGUGUACAGCAGCCGAUUCAACAGUUCGUGCUUCAUCGAGGAAAUCGACGCGGAUGGAACGUUUGAGGAUGCUGGGGACGAUACGCUGCAGCAGGACCGGACUGCUUGUAACAACACGAACGUAAGUUUUGGCUACGAUGUACCGGAUGCAUCGCUUUUCUCCUCAACCAAGCAACAAUCGUUGUGCGACGAAAACGGAACGUACUUGAAGCAAAAUCUAUCUGACGAUCAUUCGACCAACGAUACCGGGCUACCGGGAUCGUUAACGCACUCUGAAGAGGACGCCCAAAACGACGGGGACGAAGAGUCGAACAGCUACAGUGAGCGGGAUACAGCAGUUUUCGAACAUAAACCGUUCCAUUUAUCACGGCGAUCACCCAGCAAUUCACCCGAACAGCGGCGAUCUUUUUCGUCGCAGGACGGCGAAGACUCGGUAUGCGUGAUCGAAAUCGAAGAUACCAUUAUCGAGAUUGAUUAGAAGAGGUACUUACCAUUGGUGCCGCGUUACGCUUGAAUUGAUGGAGGAUUGAACUGCUACGCAGCCGCGACGCCGGUUUCCCUUCGAAGAACGCAGCCAGAAUCUGUCAAACGCAAGUUUGCUGCAAAGGUCUGGUAAAAAACAAACAAACAAAAAUCUGCGAGACUCGUCGGGGCCACCAAUUUUGUUCUUGUAACUGUUCUUUUUAAAACAAGAAGUUAUUAAUAAAAACGUUAUCUUUAUUCUGAACUAUC